UGUCAUGUGUCGUAAAUAAGGUUGAGAUUUUGCAAUCAUUUUGUUCGCCACUUCACAUUCACAAACCUCCACGCAACACACACACAUGCACAAAAACACUCACAUCACACACACGAGCAGUACAAAAAUCACACUGGCGCACAAGUGAACUCACACACGCAGUCUCUCUCUCACACACUCACAUCUAAUAACCAAACUCAUCGGUACCCCCCACCCCUCCAUUUCACCCCACGUGAACACAACCCAACUAAGCCCACGCGCAUCAUAUCCCCACGGCAACAUCACGCCUCUGUCCAGGGUUGUGAAAGCCGACUCCGCCGCGGGUUCACUCCUCCCAAGGCAGCCGCCGACGCAAGAGGCGCGCGACCGACCGACCGACCCUCGAAAAGGCCGAACCUCGCCCCGCCCCGCCGACGACGACGAUGGACCUGCUUCCAGCCCAGGAGGCGGCCGGCAUCUACCACACCAACUACGUGAGGAACUCCCGGGCCAUCGGCGUCCUGUGGGCCGUGUUCAGCGUGUGCCUCGUCAUCAUCGCGGCGGUGGUGUUCAUCCAGCCCUUCUGGAUCGGCGACAGCGUCAACACGCCGCAGGCGGGCCACUUCGGCCUCUUCCGCUACUGCGUGGGCAACGCGCUCACCUCCGAGCUCAUCUGCAAGGGCGGCCCGCUGGACUUUGGCUCCAUCCCGUCGCCGGCCUUCCGCACCGCCACGUUCUUCGUGGCCGCGUCCAUGCUGCUGACGGUGGCCACCACGGUGUGCUUCGGCCUCUUCUUCUUUUGCAACGCCGGCAGCGUCUACAAGAUCUGCGCCUGGAUGCAGCUGGCCUCCGCCAUUUUGAUGGUGAUGGGCUGCAUGAUCUACCCCGACGGCUGGGAUGCCCCCGAGGUCAAGCAAAUGUGCGGCCAGCGGACGGACAAGUACAGCCUGGGGAAGUGCACGGUGCGCUGGGCCUACAUCCUGGCCAUCGUCAGCAUCCUGGACGCUCUCUUGCUGGCCUUUCUCUCCUUCACGCUGGGAAACCGGCAGGACAAACUGCUGCCGGAGGACUUUGUGGCAGAGGGUGCAGAAAACCCCUGACGAGGCCGCGUUGGGACGAUAUGAGAUGCAAACGAACAGUGGCAAGGAGGCGUGACAGCUUUUGGACAGAAAAUGUCAGCAAAACUGGUGCGGUAUGGAACAUUUUUAUUCUAGGUUGAGUUUGUAAGUUGGAGCUCACCCACCCGCACAAAUGUACUCGUUGGCCACAC